GUCAUCAAUUCGCUGCUGAUGUUGCGGCAAGCAAUGCAGCACCAUGUCGCGCAAAGCCGCGCACGGGAGAUUGACGACCAAUGGAAGCCACCGGAAGCUGAGUCGUGGGACUAUCGGCCAGAGCCCGAACUUGAGAGGGCCGAGGACAGUGAUUACUUCGGGGAGUAUGCGGACAGCGAGUCUUCAAUGAUGCCUUCGCAGGGUGACCUGAUGUGGGUGGACAGUUGGCCUAUCACGCUUGCGAUGCGCUGGCGCUCGGAG